CUGGACAUUUUAAUAAGGAUCAGAUGAUUGAGUUCAUUUUUGAGAAUGAAAACCAACCUGUUUGUUCUUCAUUAUCUUCAUGUUUAACUCUGAAUGUUUCUUCAUGUCUUCACUCUCCUCUUUAAUAAAUGCCAUAAUAGUGUGUCACUUGGAUCUCAGUCGCUUCACCAGGAGUUUUUCUGUGUUUGGACACUUUGUUCUGUUUAACAUUGUUACGCCCUGCGUCUAGGGGUAGUGGAGAUAAAACUAAGCAGGGCAUAAUAAAACAGGGUUGUGAUUAUGGAAUCCCCAAGCACGAUACCCUCCGGUCGAUAAUCAAACAGAUACACAAUGUUAGAUAAGAGAAAAUGAUUAGAUUUAUUUAAUACAAUCAAGUGGGAUUUAGAGCAUCUCUUCAAGGUGUCCCAAAGGCCAAAAUAACAAACAAAACCAAUCUCGAAAGGAAAGAUGAUAAACUAAAUAACCUCAAAUAUGGAAAAUAAAAUACAUCUUACUUCCCUAACUACCUAACACAAAACAGAACCCAAACCGAAUAUCCAAAACCAAAACGGCAGGACACCCCUUUGCUCCGCGUUCUUAGAAUACAAUGGUAAGAAUAAACGAAUUAGGUCUACAUUUGAAGAACAACAAAUUUGAUCAUCGGCCGGAGGAGGGGUCCAGGAGCUCUCAACUCACACACGACCGAACCAACAAUGAGCUCUCCGUUGAAUGCCGGCGGCGUCCUUUAAAAGACCACGCCUCAUCCAAACGACCAAUGGCGAUCGUACACCCCGAUCAGUAGACAUCCUAUCAGAAAUCAAAUAGAGCAAAAGAAGGAGGAGACAAAGCACACACACACCACAAAUACAAGAAACUCAGGUCGUAACAACAUUAAGAAAAAGAAACAAAUGCAAACUGAUUCUCUGGUUGCGUCUCAAUCAGCUCCCUAGAUCAGUAGUCAGUGCACUGGUAAGGGAGUCAGUCUUGAGUUAAUGGACUAGAUUAGUGAUGGGUCGUUCUUGAAUGAUUUGUUCAUUUUGAACAAAUCUUUAAUGUGACUCGGGAAGAACGAGUCGUCUCGGGGAAUGAUUUGUUCAGUCGCACAACAUCCUAUAGGUUCUGCACUGAAUUAGUUCACCUGUUUCGAGUCUUCGGGUUUUUCGAGUCGUUUGUUCAUCACGUGACAGCCCCAUACGCGUAACCUAUGCAGUCUGAGCUGGAAAGAGACUUGAUUAUUUCAUCUCUCGAGUCUUCAGGUUUGAGUCGUUCGUUCAUCACGUGACAGCCUCAUAAGCUAAACCUAUGCAGUCAGAGGAUCAUAAUAAUAAUGAUAACCAACUCUUUAGUUUAUUACCUUUGUUACCACAUUCAGUGUGUCCCCUCGUCUGCCAUGAGCGGAUGCGUGCAGCACUUUGAUUUGCUGGUCCGUUUCAUAGACUGUAAAAAAAAAAUGGACAUAGUGUCCGUGACAUCACCCUUAAGGCUAGUUCACACUACAGGAUUUUAAGCCCAAUUUGCAAGUUAACGAGCUCGCCAACAGGUCGGGCUGUAAUCGGGGGAAAAUCAGCGGGUGAUCGGCGCUCCGCAAUCCUUAUGUGUGAACUACACAACGAUGCAUCAAAGACGCUCGCUGACUCGUCGCCGAAGCAAAACAAAUAUCUAGCAUGCCAAAUAUCUGGACCGGUCGGCCGACUCGAAAUCAAGUGGUGUCUGGUGUCAGGUGUCGUGACGAGCUACAGCCAAUGAAAGAGCAAAGCAGACCGUUUGCAAAACCCGCCCACCCUAGUUACUGUUGCCAUGACCGAUAAACAAUGCAGCUCUCACACUACACACGUGUUCUCACGCAGUGAAAAAUACAUCGCAGAUCAAAGAGGAAACUGACAACACACGGACAGAGAAGACAGAGCAGGUUCCUUCUGAUAUAAAACAAGAUCUCAGGACUCUCAGCUUUUAAAUUGAGUCAUUUGUAAAGAAAUUCAAACAAUAAAUACUGUUUUGUGGCUUUUCAAUGUGUCGUGACAGAUCACUGUAUUGCCUCAGUUCAAACACGUGAACCGAUUGUCUUUUCAUAUUUACUUAAUGCAUAUGAAUAAACAUCAGAAAGUGUUUUAUUUCAACCGCGAAACACACCAUUUUUCAAAUUGAAGUCCACCGAAGUUAAUCUGCUCUUCUGUCUGAUUUGUGGUUAAGGCUAGAAGGGAUACAGCUGCGGCUUCUGUGCAUGCGCAUUUACAUAUAUUCCGAGCCAACAAUAUAACGUGAAACCUAUAAAAAUGGUUUUAAAAAGCACAUGGCGUCGUAGUUUCAUCACUUUAGAGUGUCGCAGUGACCGUCUUUUUGCAGUAAAGGACCUGUCAUAGUUUAAUGAGUGAGAAGAUGACAUGAAGCGUUGCGGUUAACCUGCAUUGAAAACAGAUGAGCGCACAUGUGCAUAUAAAGCUCCCAUUCGGGGCAAAGUUCAUGGGAUUUUGUCCACAGAAUGAUAAGAGCACGUUUAAACAUAUUAUUUAAGCGCUGCAUCCAUGCAUACAGCGCUGGACAUGACAGAUUUUCUGGUGCGCAAAACAAGUAGACUGUAAAAGAAUACCUUAGCUUAUUUCCGUUACCAUGGCAGCCAACAACAGCACAACUUAACCCUCCGCACAUAUUUAUAUUUGGUUAUAUUGAAAAAGUUUAAAUUCAGUCAAUCUUUUUUACCCCGUUGUAACAUGUAUUUCUAUGAAGACAGGCAGCAGCGGCUCCACAUAAUAUAAGCCUUCUGAUUGGUCAGAUCGCAUGUCAAUCAAGCUCUUUGCGAACGGUCAAUUCUCGCGUGUUUUCAUGACAAAACAUGGUUUAGGGACCGAAUCGAGUCGUUGGGUGACAGUUGUUGUCAGCUCGUGUAGUGUGUAACCCCUGGUUGCGGAUCAUUUAUACAGAGUCACAUAGUGUGAACACCACAACGACUUAAAGACAGACAAUCAAGUCAUGUAGUCUGACCAGCACAGCGAUCUGCUGACGUGUAAAGUCAUGUAGUGUGAACUAGGCUUUAGGAUUCUAAGGAGCAUUUCUAAAGCCCAAAGUGGGCGGAGCCGGCCAUCGCCAUUUUAGCAGCGCGUCACUCCUGGAUAAUCGAAAAUGGCAAAGAGGCAGGCUGUGGGUAGAGCUGAAACCACACCCGCCUACCUCGACGUAUUGGCGGUUGAUUUUUGAACAUUUCCAGCGGUUUUCAACUUACUCUUGAGGUAAAUUAACCUGAAACUACACAACAAAACUUCAAAUAAGUAUUUAUCUGUUAUUGAUAUCACCAGGGCAUUCAAACACACACACGGACAUACUUGAUUUCGCUAUCUUUGUGGGGACUCUCCAUAGGUGUUAUGGUUUUUAUACUGUACAAACAGUGUAGUGCAGGGUAUAUACAGGUAUAUACCCAAUUCUUUAUCAAUCGGCUUUGUGUAUACCCACUUCUAACGUUAAAUCCCCUCUGAUGCGCAUCAUUCAGUAGUGUCCUGCAUUAGCCAAAACCAUGACAGUCCACCACAUGAAUAGCUAAUCCAAUAGCAUGUGAAUAAAUGCAAAUAUUCCCUAAAAACACCCAGUAAAGAUAGUGAUGCGGUCAGGACCGUUGCGCCGGCUUCCUUUGAAAUAUGAUUAAUGAUGGCACCCAUGCCCGUAGCGCUCUGUCCCCCAACCCAAUUAGAGAGGAUGGCGACAGUGAUAGAGAUGCUGUCUGUUCAUGUGCGAGAGCAUGUCACGGGAGGCGUGGAGAGUGUUUAAAUAAUAAUUCAUUAUCGAUUACUAAUUUGAAUCGGUACAUUAUAACGAAAACAAUACCUUAAAAAUAAAAACAGGUUUUAACGAUCACAAAAUGUCUUAAACUGGGGAUCUGCCUAUACUUUUCAGUCCAAGGAUCCAGUAAAUGAAUGCAUUCAAACAGUAGGUUUAAAAUGGCUCAAAUACAGAGAAAACCUGACAGACUGAAGACCUCAAUGUAUCAUCACGAGCUGCAGGGUUUCAUUUGGUUUUGUCUGUGUAUGGUUUUUUUCUUUUCUCAAAGCCGUGAGUACCAUUGACUGAUAUUAUAUGACUGACAGACUGCAAUGGUUCGAGUUAAAAAUCUUUGUUUGUGUUCUACUGAAGAAACAAAGUCACCUACAUCUUGGAUGCCCUUGGGGUAAGCAGAUAAACAUCAAAUUUUCAUUUUUGGGUGAACUAUCCCUCAUGAGUGUUUUAAACUGGAUGCUGGGGGUAUUAAGAUUAUACCCACUUCUCCAGGCACCACUACACCAAUAUUCUAUCCCCCUACACUGACCGUACUCCUAAACCUACCCAUCAUACAAAACGUUCUGCAUUUUUCACAAGAUGUUUAUUUCUUUCAGUGAUCGAUUCCUCUUGACAUGGCCACCCGUGACGCAUCCACAGCAGUCUAUGCACACAGCUUAAACUACACAGUGUGGAUCAUUGGUGACAGCUAUGUCAGACGUGGUGCCCAGGGAGCUGCCCAGACCGUGGGAAGCAACCUCAGUCUGCCAGGUGUCUGUGUCUGUUGGUUUGGCUGGGGUGGACUGCGGUGGAAAGGACUUCUCUCCUUCUUCACCCACUCCCUGCGAGGAAGAGCAGCACCGGAUGUCCUCGUCAUAUACUGUGGUGGCAAUGACAUGGGGGAGAUUAGCGGUGUCCAGCUGGUUAAUUCAAUGAAGGACGUCCUGCACCAGCUUAAACUCCGGCACCCUGGGAUGAAGAUCAUGUUUUCAGCUGUGACUCAGAGGUGCCGGUGGAAGGCUGGUGCCAAUCCAGUGAAACUGGACAAGUCCCGGAAGUUUAUUAACAGUGUUAUGGCUGCAUUUGUUUGUAGCUUAAAUGGUGCCAUGAUUGAGCACCCUCACAUUAGGCAUGACAGUCCUGGGCUAUUUUUGAAAGAUGGAGUUCAUUUCGCACCUAGGGGAAAUUAUAUGUUUUUAAUUACUGUAGCUAACUGCCUUAAAGACCACAUCCAAAUGCAGUGAAUUACUUACAGUUGUCACUGCUUUUGAAUUUGGCCUUUAGGGCCCAUUUGGAUAUGCCUAAAUAUAGCCCUGACUUAUCAUGGCUAAUGUUGAGUUUUUUAUGUUCAUUGUUAAGCAACACCUGUAGCCUUAACACUGUUAUCACCUCUGCUCUUCUUUCUCUCCUCCUUUUGUUUCAUUGUUUUUAUUUUUUAUUUUAAGCCUUCAAUAAAACCACUUGACUUGAUAAGAAUAUUCCAGGUAUUCGUUCUUCCCUUAUUUUAUGAAUUAAUGAAGAGUGUUGCUUGUUUGUGAAAGAGAGCUGGGAUAGAAGAAAAGGGUUUAUGAACAAUGUUUGGAUCAUUUUGAGUGUGCUAAAUAAAUAAAUCUGAUUUUUGAAAUGACAAGAAGCGAUUUGCCACAUACACUGCUUUUAAUAAAGAAAAAACUGAACUAUAGCUUCAAAUAUGGGGUGCUUAAUAAGCAGUGUUCAUCUGGAUGUGUGUGGAUAAUAUAGGAUAAGGUGGAGUACAAGUUAAACAAAAGGCUUAAAGCAAUAGGGUGCAGGUGCAAAGAUGACAAGGUAUAAUAUAUUCAGUAUGACCGGUCUUGGUUAAAAGCCCACGAGUGGGAACAUAUACUGUAACACAGGACAAACAUACAGGACACUUCAAAACCACAGGGACAAGACCUCAAAGAAAUAGAGAACAUACAAUCGAUACAGCAUUGUAGAAGCAAUGCACAAUGGUGAAAACUGAGGGUGGGCGAUAGGAACAACUUUAAGUAUUAACAUUUCGCCCAGCCAAAAAUGAAAACAGCAAUCAAAAACAGCAGAUUAUAAAUUAUUUAUAAUAAAUAUAAAUAAAAAUUGGAUUUAAAGCUGUUUGUUUCUAACAACCUCAAAUACUAAAUUACUGUUUUACAACAACACUUCAAUAACUCAAUAUCUAUAAUACAAAAUCAAACUAACCAAAGGUGUUAACUUUUUAAAGCUUUCAACUUCACAUGAGAGAAUACGAAAAAAUAUCAUUUAUGUAAUGUUUUUGUAAAUAUGUCAUUAACUGAUCUUUGACACUGUAGAAUUAUUACCUAAUUCAUCUGAUAUGCGAUUCCCUGAUCAAUCCUCUAAUAGAAACGUGAGGAAGAGGUCAGAUAAAAUAAAGGUUGAUUUUGAUGAUUUUUUAGUUCAGGGACUACAAAGAGACUGGAGUAGGGAGGUCAAGAAACAGGAGAAGAAGGAACGUCGCAGACGGGCCCAAGAGAGAGCGAGAGGACCAGAAAAUCAUCUUCAAGAUGAAGGCAAUAUUGAGACUGAUGAGAAAACAGGAAAGGACAAAUAAAAGAAUAAUGAAAUUAAUAAGAGAGAUGAUUGAAUUAUGUGAUUAUUCAGAUGAACUGCAAAAGUUAACAAAUGAUUUAGAGACAGUGAAACUCUAAAACUCCUGUUAUAAAAUUAUGAGUGUUGAAAGCUAUGUAUAAAUAUAUCUUAUGUCGAAACCAUAGAUGAUUAUAAUCUUGUAGGUUUAACGGUUAUAUAGUUGCUGUGCUUAUUUUGUAACAUGACGGUUAAAAGCAAGAGGAUGCACUUUGCAUUUCCAUGCAAGGUGGAACCUUUAGCUAAACCGUGGCAUAAGAUGCUCUUAACACCUGCUAGAGGUGUUAUAUUGUGGUUUAGGUAUAUAGUUCUAUAUGUUGCUUAUGUUUGAAAAAGGUGUCAUAAUUUUUCCUAUAGUUUAAAAUAGAACUAGACACGCUUGCUAUCUAGAGAUGUUGUAAUAUUUCCUUCUGAACUUUUGACAUUACUUUUGUAUAGACUCUGACAUAAAGGUCAUGUUUCCUGCCUGGGAUGGAGGAGGCAGUUACAAGGGGUGUAAGAACUAUAUAAAUGCUUGUUAGACUAUAUGUCAGCGCCGACACUUCGUGGUGAAGACUAUUCGCUGUUAUUUUAUUGUUAUUUGCUUAUGAGUUAUUUGUUUUUUUAAUAAAACGAAACCAAUGCUUUGGUGAUUCGUUAACCUUUUUAAACAAGUCUCUGAGUGAUUAAUUAAUAAUAAUAACUCGUUAUCUGAACCUGAAUAUAUUCUAAACGAGCUCCCAGAGGUACGAAUUUGACUGAGCCAGGACGGUCACCGGCGGGGAAGCAUCCGGAAUCAUUAACAGCAUCCAUCCAGAUAAGAGGUAAAUAUGCAUUUGCUAUUUAUGAGGUACUUAUGGAUGAUGAAGAUGUGAAUAAUGGAUGUUUGGGUCUUUUAACCGGUAUAGAAACACAACAACACAGAAUUCCAGAAACAAGAAUCUACAGAAUCAUUGACCAGGGAGGUUGCAUAUGUAUUUCAUAUAAUAGAUGGCAAAAAGAUCAAUAUCACCUUAGGUCCCGUUUAUGCAAACUCUAAGAGAUAUUGAACAGUCCUUCAUGUGACACGGGAAAGCCCAUACAAACUACGAGAUGAAUCAGCGAUAUCUGUGUGGGUUAAGGAAGGCUCUAUGUACAGCUGUUAUUAUCGCAUGGUACUGUAGCAUCGCAGCAUUACUUCAAAGCAUAGUAAAAAUUGAAUGAUGCACUUCACGAUCACAUAGUGUACAUCACUGUUCGAGGAAUAAAAAGAUCAUUUUGAUACCAAGAAAGUAACCCGUAGACGAUAUUAAAGCAGAGAUACACUCGUGCACUUGAAUAUAGGCGUUUAAAGUCUAACUAAUACAAGUAAAGGGUUGUAACUAGUUUAAUAUAAUAGGGGAAUAUACAUACAACACAUGCAUAUACCAGACACAUUUAUAACUGCUUAAUUAUGGCAUAAAUAAAGAAAAUGUCUUUAUGUGUGUGUGUGAUGUGUAUUGGGGGGAUGUGUUUGAAGUUUGAUAGGGAGACCAGAGAGGUGAUCUGUCUAGCAUCGUUUUGAUCAUGGGGAAAAACCAUUGGCCAUUUAGCACCCAUAUAAAUGUAGACUGUGAGGCCAGGUCGGUUGCAAAUGAAUUUUUUCCUCGGCACAAAUCCGUCAAAGAGGAGUUUCACAGGACUGUAGGUCAGUGGUGUAAAAAUCUGUUUAAAUGAGGCUAAUCUGAUAAAUGACGUUCACGUGAUAACAUCUUUCUGUGACCUCUGGAAGCAACCCAAUAAUCAGAAUUUCCUUCAGGAUUUCCAGUGUGGUUGGAUGCAUUGAUGAGUAUAUCGCACCUUCUGAAAAUGAAACUAAUUACUGUAUGGAAUGGAAGGAUGCCAGAUGGACAGAGGUGGGUAGUAACGAAUUACAUUUACUUCGUUACAUUUACUUGAGUAAAUUUUUUGGGUAACUUGUACUUUUAGAGUAUAUUUAAAGAUGUGUACUUUUACUCUUACUCAAGUACAUUUUUAGUGAAAAAACUUUACUUUUACUUCGCUACAUUUUGCGGCGUUCCUCCGUUACUGUCAAAUGGUAAUAAAUAUGUGCUUUUUUAAAUAAUUAGUUUAUAUGACUUGUUCGCAAGUCUCGCGAGACGUUGGAGAGGCUGCUUCGCGAGAGUCUGCUACACAUCUCCCGCUUAAGUUUAGCGCGUGUUUAGUUGGAAGAUGAUGGCUGAAGCAGAGGAAGACGUGUGCGAGUUAUCAAAGGCAUAUCACCCGUGGCCUCAAGUUCAGUCUAUGUUUUCACUCCAAGAUGUCAAAAAGAAUAGUUUCAUAAUGCGAUGCAUGCUGUGUACACCAAAACGAACUGACAUCGCAGCGUACAAGAAUUCUAGCUCCAACCUGAAAAAACACGUAGCGGUAAGUGUCAAAAUUAUGCCUAUUUGAACCAUUAAUGGUAAUUUGGUAACUAUGGGCACUUUGACCUUAUUGUAAUACUACACUUAACACACUGUAAAGGUUUUUUUUUUUUUUUUUUUUGACACCUCACUAAAGUGAAGAACACAUACAAAAUGAAAACGGGAUUAUAUUUUAUUUUAUUUUAUUCCUAAAUAAAGAAUGUAUGUACUUAUAAAAUGUAAGUCUAUUUUUCCUAUUAUUUUUACUUAUUGCUAUUUGUGCAAAGUGCCCGUGGAUACAUAAUUACCAAUUGAUUGGUGAUUCAAGUUGUGUAUUCAUAGUGUAUAAUAAAACCAAAUGUAACCUAAUAUGCAAAUAUUAUUAUUUCAUCAGAGGAUUCACCCAAACAAGCUGAAAGUUUAUGAAGAACUAAUCAAGUCAAGAAAACGAGCAUCAGACUCAGUCACGGUUGAUGAACCUCAUUCAAAAAAGAAUCCAAAGAUCAUGAGUGCCUUUUCCAGCCCUGCAACGAAGGUAACACAGGCAGUGAUUGACAAGCUGCUGAUCAAUUUUGUCUGUGAAGGAAGCCAGCCAUUUGCUAUUGUAGAAUUACCAUCAUUUAGGAAAAUUAUUGAAACCUUGCAACCUCAGUGCACAGUCAUGACAAGAAAAACGCUGCGUCUCAAAGUGCAGGAUACAUUUGAAAAUAUGAAGAGUGCACUUAUCCAAAAAUUAAACAAUGCUGAGUACGUUGCUACAACUGCAGACUGCUGGUCAGCCAGGCAGCGCAGUUACUUGGGGGUCACCUGCCACUGGAUAGACAGUACGUCUUUAGAGAGAUGUUCAGCAGCCUUGGCUUGCAGACGGAUGACAGGAUCACACACAUUCGAUGUAAUUGCUGCUGCUUUAGAGGAAAUACAUGAAGAGUACAAAAUCAGAGGAAAGAUUACAAGGACAACUACAGAUAGUGGCUCAAACUUUCUGAAGGCCUUUCGAAUAUAUGGGGAGGAGAAAGAUGAUGAUGCUCAGGAUGCACAGGAGGAGGAAGACUUCAUACUUGAGGAAGAAUCUGAUGAAAGUGAAUCGGAGAUGGAGUACCAAGACCUUUUUGGUAUUUUAGAUGAGGACUGUGGCCUGGAAUACCAACUUCCCAGACAUCAAAAAUGUGCAUGCCAUCUACUUAAUCUUGUUGCUACUGUUGAUGCUUCAGCGGCAGAAGCUGGAAGUGAUACAUAUAAGAGACUAUCACGGUCAGCUUUUGCAAAAUGCAGUGCACUGUGGAACAAAACCAGCAGGUCAGCCUUGGCAUUUGAAACUGUGGAACGUGAGUGCAAACUGCAGUUUCUGCGACCCAAUCAGACACGGUGGAACUCACUGUUUCUGGCUGUAGAAAGGUUGGUGCGUAUCCAGAGGGAACAAGGAGAGCAAGCAAUCCGAAACGUAUGCACAGCAUUAAAGAUAAAAAUGCUGAAUACAGCUGAAUUGGGAUUUUUGGCUGAGUACUCUAUUGUAAUGAAGCCAGUUGCAAUGGCCCUCAACCUACUCCAAGGGGAAUCUUCAGUUCAUAUGGGUUUUCUGCUGCCAACACUUUACCAACUGCAGGACAAGCUGAAGAAGUUGGAGUCAACCUGUAAAGUCUGUCAACCCCUCCUUAAGGCCCUACAUGGAGGUAUCCUCAAACGUUUUGGAGAGUUCAUGAAGGAACCAGAGCUUAUUGCUGCAGCUAUACUGCUUCCAAAGUUCAGAACUGCCUGGACAACAGACCAGAGCAUUUUGACAACAGGACUAGACUACAUAAAAGACCAACUGGAGAUCAACUUGGAAAAUGAUGCCCUCUGCUACAGCAGCCCUUCAGAUGAAGAGGACUUCUUUGCAUCCAUGAAAACAGGCCACUCAGAAACAGGAGAGCUGGAGAGGUACCUUUCAUGUUCAUCAGCUGGAGGUAUGGAUCUGUUACACUCCUUUCCAAAAGUCAAGAAUUUGUCUCUAAAAGUAAAUACAGCCAUCCCAGCAUCUGCAGCCUGUGAGAGACUUUUUAGUCACGCCGGACUCCUGCUCACAGCUAAAAGAUCAAGACUGCAUUGUAAAUAUCUUGAGAGCCAAUUACUGCUGAAGUUCAACAGCAAAAUUCUUUAA